UGCAAUCCCGGGUGAUAGUGAAGAUGCUGCUUUGUUGAAGUCGAAAUUGAUUUGCAAUUCUGAAAAUAAACUCAAUCAAAUCGAAAUCAUAGAGAGACCAAAUCCAUACCCUCCAAAAAACUCUAUCUUCCGAAUACCGAAUAACGACGAUGCCCGUUUUCAAAACCCCGUUCAACGGCUACUCCGUCCGGUUCUCCCCCUUUUACGAGUCUCGUUUAGCCGUAGCAACCGCCCAAAACUUCGGCAUAUUAGGCAACGGCCGUGUCCACGUCAUUGAUCUCUCCCCAACCUCCCCAACCAUCAACGAGCUAAUCGCCUACGACACCGCCGAUGGAGUCUACGACGUAGCGUGGUCCGAAUCGCACGACUCCGUCCUCGUUGCUGCCAUCGCUGACGGUUCUGUCAAAGUCUACGACACCGCCCUCCCUCCUCAGUCCAACCCUCUUCGCUCCUUCAAAGAACACGCCCGUGAAGUCCAUGGUCUCGAUUACAACCCCACGCGGCGCGACUCGUUCCUCUCCGCUUCCUGGGACGAUUCCGUCAAGCUCUGGACCCUUGACCGCCCCGCUUCCCUCCGCACUUUUCGGGAACACGCGUAUUGCGUGUAUUCCGUCGCGUGGAACCCCAAACACGCCGACAUUUUUGCCUCGGCUUCCGGUGACUGUACGGUAAGAAUCUGGGACGUUAGGGAACCCGGUUCAACGAUGAUAAUCCCGGGUCACGAACACGAAAUCUUGUCAUGUGAUUGGAAUAAAUAUGAUGAUUGUUUGAUUGCUAGUGCAAGUGUAGAUAAGAGUAUUAGAAUUUGGGAUGUCAGGAAUUAUAGGGUGCCGUUAUCGGUUCUUAACGGUCAUGGAUAUGCUAUUAGGAAAAUUAAGUUUUCGCCGCAUAAAAGGAAUUUGAUUGUCUCUUGUUCGUAUGAUAUGACGGUUUGUUUGUGGGAUUUUAUGGUGGAAGAUGCUCUUGUUGGAAGGCAUGAUCAUCAUACAGAGUUCGUGGUUGGGGUGGAUCUCAGUGUGCUUGUUGAUGGACUCAUGGCCAGUACUGGCUGGGACGAGCUUGUUUACGUUUGGCAGCAGGGGAUGGACCCUAGAGCGGUUUAAAAAGGGAAGUCUUUACACUUCUUUUUCUUUUCUGUAUGGUUUUUGUAUAAUUCAUUGUUGUAAUUUGAAUGAAUACUGGAAUGGUUUUGGCUAGAAACUGAUGAAUGAAUGAUAUGCUUGGAAGGGGAUUGGUAAUGGGGGCAUGAUGCUGUUGUUCUAGUUAAUUGUAAUUUGGUAUAGCUAUGGUAUGCCUUUGUACAAUUGCAUUGUGUUCUUGAUGAAUAAGUAAUCCUAAUUGUAUUUGAUAUUGAUCCCCUGUUUAUCAAUUCUAAUAAAGCAAAGGAGUUACACAUU